UUUCGCUAGCAUCUCAAAUUCAGCAUGUCCUAAGAUGGAAACUUGGGAGUCAUCCUAGAUUUUAACCUUCUUCUCAGUACAGUCACCAACUCACCAAACCUACCUCCUAUUAUCUCCCAACUUAAUCUACUUUUCUCUAUUCCAACUGCUAUUUGUUUCAUUCUCUUAAAUCAUUUAACAAAUAUUUGAGCUUCUACUAUGCGCUAGGCACCAUACGAGUCUCCGUGGGCGCGCCCCCGGUACCCCGCCGACUGUUCACCCGAGGUUGCAGACCAGUUUCCCCGCUCCCACCCCCUGCCAGAGUGAGCUGUGCACACAAACUGGUUUGACUGGCCCCUGAUGAAAAGCCACCGUGGUUCGCCAUGCCCACAGGAUGAGGUCGAAGCUAAGAACUCGGUGACCAACGCUCUCCCCCCGCAGCAGCAGCCACUUCAAACGGAACCUCUUGCCCCGUCAAGUGAAACCCACUGCUUCGCCUUUGCUAUUGCAGGCGUUCUACUGGUGACGCCCCCCCCCCCCCCCCCCGCCCCGGCCAUCUUCUCAGGGCCGGAUCCUCCCCAUUUUUGGGACGCGAGUCUCUGAUGGUGGCUCCUCUCCGCGGAGCUCUUCUGCGCCCCGGUAGGGGUGCCCCUUCCCCAGGGCGUAACAGCGGAGACUGCCUGUAUGUUCAUGGUCUCAGGUUGCCCUGGCUCAGCUCACUCCUAGACGUCCCGGCCAUACUCGGUUUUACCGCUGAGGCACAGCGGGCUACGGCUGGGUAGGUCACGGCCCCGAAGGCCCCGCCUCUAUCCGGCGUGCGCGGCCCCGCGGCUUCGGCGCGCUCCCGGCAUGCGCGCCAUCUUGGCUCCAUAUCGAAUCGGAGGUGUGCGCAGCCGUGGCGUGGACCGUGAAAUUCAGACACAACGACAAGAGGAAUGGAGCACUACCGGAAGGCUGGCUCUGUGGAACUCCCAGCACCUUCUCCAAUGCCGCGGCUACCUCCUGAUACCCUGGAGAUGCGGGUCCGAGAUGGCAGCAAAAUCCGCAAUCUACUGGGGCUGGCACUGGGUCGAUUGGAGGGUGGUGGUGCACGGCAUGUGGUGUUCUCAGGUUCUGGUCGGGCUGCAGGGAAGGCAGUCAGCUGUGCUGAGAUUGUCAAGCGGCGUGUACCGGGCCUGCACCAGCUUACCAAGCUGCGCUUCCUGCAGACCGAGGACAGCUGGGUGCCAGUCUCACCUGACACAGGCCUGGAUCCCCUCACGGUACGCCGCCAUGUACCUGCAGUGUGGGUACUGCUCAGCCGGGACCCCUUGGACCCCAAUGAGUGUGGCUACCAGCCUCCAGGAGCACCCCCUGGCCUGGGCCCCACAUCAAGCUCCAGCUGUGGUCCACGACCCCGAAGAAGGGUUCGAGACACCUGGUCCUGAAGAUGUGCCAAGCAAGCUGUUUUCCACGCAUGAAUGUCUAGGAUGGCUUUGCCUCCUCAGGAAAGCCUCUUGUAACUGUUCAACAUCCCCAACAAGACUUGAAUUCACAGAAAUGGGCCUCCCUGUCCUGCUUCCCCUUCUUUCUGGAGUGUGAAAAGGGACUGCUACAAAGAGUUAAAAGGUGUGCAGUCUCAGCUGGGGUUUACUUGGCAUUCUACCUACUGUGCCUCUGUCCUUUCUUCUGGCAGAGAUCCAGGGAGUGGAUUAGGAAAUAAACAUUCUGCCCAUUUGUUUGA